AUGGCUCUGCGUCGAAGCAAAAGAAUCGCUCAAAUCGAAAAGGAAAAGAAGAAACCAGUGGCAACAGUUGUAACCAGAUCAAUUGUAACCAGAUCAGCAACCGCCGCCGCUGUUUCUUCUCCUAUACCAAGAAUUCCUCAAGUACCAAAGAAAUCGGAAAAUGAAGUACUGAAGGAAAAAUUGAAGCGGAUGCAGAAGACGUUGUCGUCUACUCGAGCUCGUUUGCUAGCUGAACAAAGGUCUGGAGAGGUGUUACAACACCGAUUGGCAAUGACCGAAAUUGACAAUCAAAGAGUGACGGAACUGGAUCAGGAAGUGAAGAAUCUGAUGGAUCGGACUACGGUACUGGCCGAGACGCAACAAAAGACGAUUGGAGAGCUUCAAUUACAAAUUGAAGAAUGUAAAGAUCAUGAUAAGUUUGAGGAAGCAAUGAAUAAGGAGAGACAGAUUGGAAAGAAAUAUCGAGACGACUAUCUUGAAGAGUGCAGAAAGUACACGAACAAUUGGGAAGAGAGAAAUGGACCGUUUCCUUGGAGAGUCUGUGAAAUUUGUGCAUUCAAAUUUGGAGAAGAAGCUGGAAGAGUUCCCAGAGUUUUGAGAUGCGGUCAUACGGUAUGUACAGACUGUGCUGGAAACUUCAUCAACCAGAACACCAACUCGCUUCGUUGCCCGUUCGAUCGUCAGUUCAUGCAGCUUGGUAUCAAUGGUGUCAAUGGAAUUCCGAAGAACUUUGUAUUGCUGAACAUGUGA